AUGGCGGGCCGCGGCAAGGAGAGCGCACUAGACCUGGCAAAGUUUGUAGACAAGAGUAUUCGUGUCAAGCUUGCAGGCGGACGGGAAGUGGUGGGAGUGCUCAAGGGCUACGACCAGCUGCUCAACCUAGUGCUGGACGAGGCGGUAGAGUACUUGAGAGAUCCUGAAGACCCCAUGCGGGUGACUGAUCAGACGCGGCCCAUGGGGCUCAUCGUCUGCCGAGGCACCUCCGUCAUGCUUGUGGUGCCCACAGCGGGCACCGAGGAGAUUGCGAACCCCUUCCAGCAAGAGGAGAUGGAGGCCUAG